UACCACAACGUUCUCAGUUUUGGAAGCAGAGGGAGCACAGUGGGUAUUUACUUACCUGUCGGGAUACAGAGAAGUAUUACCGUGUGAGCAUUUUGGAUUAGAUUCAUUCAUUCAUUAUCAGCUUGGUACAGAUUGAAUUCCCAGUCUAGUCAUGGAUAUAAACGAGGCGUCGUGGAGGGAAAAAUGGGGUUUAAAUUUCUCUUUUUUUCCAAACAGCUUCUUUUGAUUUUAAGCGCUGCCCCAGAGCAGGACUGGACUGUGUUUUUAAACACACCUGACUGCGGUAAAAACUGUUUUUUUCCCCCAGUUUUCUCGCAGUAGACAUUUUUAAUUGUUCGCUUGGUCCUCCUUAUUCAGACUUUUUGGGAAGUUUUGGCUCUUUUGGGCAGCGGAGGCGACUGGCGGAGUCAGGACUGACCACUGGAGCUGGUCCUGAAAAAUGGAGGCUGUUAUCGAGAAGGAAUGCAGCGCUCUCGGAGGACUCUUCCAGACAGUCAUUGGAGACAUGAAAAGCAGCUGCCCUAUCUGGGAAGAUUUUAUCACCAAGGCAGGAAAACUGCAGUCACAGCUCAGGGCGACAGCAGUGGCCGUCACGGUCUUCCUGGAUGCUUUCCAGAAAGUGGCCGACCUGGCCACCAACUCAAGAGCCCAACCCCCCCACCUCUUCUACAUCUGGGCUCUCUGCUGCUGCUCUGUUUUCAUUCUGAAUGUGUGAGAGUGGGAAAGUGGUAGAGUAACAGAUCUCAUCUUUCCCUAGCUUGGACACUUCCAGCCACGCACUGUCCUAUUAAUAGGAACUGAAACAGACGCACACAUUCGUUACCUCAAUCACAGGAGUGAGAGUGAUGGAGGAGAGCUGAAGGGAGGUGCAGGGAGUGAUCAUCCUCUCCUUCGCCCUCUUAGAUUAUAUCAGUUUUUUGUAAAGGGGUCCAGAUCAGUUGGCUGAGAAGCCUUGCAUCACUUUUCCUCUGCCCUUUUCUCACUGACUUUGACUUGCAGUCUUUUUAUUUCGUUCAGCAGUAUCACACAGCGCUUGCCGUUUGGUGCACUGCGGCUCAGGCUUUAUUUAGAUUUAAGAAGCAAGGGUAGAUAAUGAG